AUGUUUGACACUUUAAACAUAUCUGAUUGUGGACUUCAUGUUUUAAGUCGGCGGUCUUUUUGUCGAAAAAUUGAUAUUUUGUAUGAAAAAAAUAUACUAGAAAUUAAAGAAGAAUUUAACGAUGUAAAAUUUGUUUGCACUACAGUAGAUAUUUGGUCUGGAAAAAAAAGAAGUUUUCUCGGGGUAACGGCUCAUUGGAUUUCAAAAAAUAAUUUAAAUAGGAUUUCAAAAGCGUUAGCAUGUCGCCGUUUUAAAGGUAGUCACACUUAUGACAAAAUUUCUGAUUUAAUUCAUGAAAUAAAUUCAGAAUUUAACUUGGCUUCUACUAAGAUUAUAGCAACGAUUACUGAUAACGGCAGCAAUUUCGUUAAGGCGUUUAAAAUGUUUGGAGUUAAGAGACAAAACAUCAAUAUGGUCGAAGAGGUAAUUGAGAACUGA